UAUUUCCAGAGCCAGUAGUGUGUAAAUGUGUGUUACCAUUUCUGAUUUGAGGUUGGACAACAUUUGUAAAACUACAUUUGUAACUAGUUGGGUGAUUUGGUUGGGUCUGGAUUGCAAUUUGCAAGCAACAAUACACAAGAACAGAGAAACAUGAAUAAUUUACGAGGAGCGAUCUGUAGAAGCCAGCCUUUAAUUGCUUCAUCUUGUCACAGAUUUCGAUGCAUCAUAUCUCAGCCCACAAUUAGGGUUUCACUCCCUAGUUACAAGCCUCAUCGUGUCUCUAUUUUUUCGGAUGUCUCGAAAGGCGAGCCAUGGCUUGGAUUCAACCACCAGCGUAGAACUUUGAUUCAAGCUGCUAAUUGGACUGAUGGAAGCUCUCCUUACGAUAUUCUCGAGCUAGAAGGUGAUGCCGAUGAUGAAAACAUAAAGAUAGCUUACCGCCGUUUGGCAAAGUUCUAUCACCCUGAUGUUUAUGAUGGCAGAGGGACGCUUGAAGAAGGAGAGACAGCUGAAACUCGAUUUAUUAAGAUUCAAGCUGCUUAUGAGUUGCUCAUGGACAAGGAACAAAGGAGGCAGUAUGACAAGGACAAUCGAGUGAACCCUAUGAAGGCUUCUCAAGCGUGGAUGGAGUGGCUUAUUAAGAAGCGAAAAGCUUUUGACCAGCGGGGUGAUAUGGCGAUUGCGGCAUGGGCUGAACAGCAACAGCGUGAGAUGAAUAUUCGUGUGCGCCGUCUCUCUCGUUCAAAGAGCUGUUUGAUUGUUAACCAUUGCAAGAACCUUCAGAUUGAUCCAGAUGAAGAGCGCAGACUUCUAGCAAAAGAGAAAAAGGCGACCUUAGAAAACUACAAUAACACAUUGAGGCGACAUACGCUUGUCUUGAGGAAAAGGGAUUUGAUGCGAAAGAAAGCAGACGAGGAAAAGAAAAAAGUUAUCAGCAGGCUUCUUGCAGCUGAAGGGCUUGAGCUUGAGACUGAUGAGGAAGACUUGUAGAUAAAUGUCGGAAAAAGUUAUUUUAUGCUUGUUUAUGGGUAAUCUAGUACCAUUCCUAUUAUAUAUCUUAGAGUACACGCAAACGCAAUGUAUAUAUUCGUUUCCGUGAUUUUUAAUAUUUUACAGAUGUGAAUGUGGUCUAUCCAUCACAAAAGAUACAUACAUGUAAAUAUUAGUGGCCGUUCAUUUCU